AUGGCGUCUUGUGUUGUAAAUGCUCGCAGUAAUCGUUAUUUACCAAAACAGCUAGCAACUACAACAGAAAAUUAUGAUACAGAACAUUUUUAUUAUAAUCCUCAAACUAAUUUACUUGAUUGUAAACUUUUAACAAAAAAUUUAUAUUAUCCUUUUUUUCAAGAAGUUUAUCCAAAUAACAUUAGUGAAUAUGAGUUAACGAACGAUAUGUUAUAUGUUUUAAAAUCAUAUACAAAUAGUCAAACAAAUGAAUGUUAUAUGAAAACAAAUUUAAAUUUACUUAGUGCUAAUUUUGAUGAUAUUGAUUGGAUAUAUGUUAAUAAACUUCGUUCAUUAAUACGUGGCUUAAUUAAAACAAAUAUAAAACCUAUUUAUUAUAGAGGUUUAAAUUUAAGUGAUAAUGAAAUAAAAUAUUAUAUUGAAAAGCGAAAUAAUUAUUAUUAUACAAAUUCAUUUUUAUCAUUUACAAUUGAUCGUUUAUUAAUCUAUUCUGGUAAUGCUAUAUUAAUAUUAAAAAUAGAAAAUUCAAAUGAAAAAGCAAAAAAAAAUAUAGCUAAUAUAUGGAAAUGGAGCACAUUUAGUGAAGAAAAAGAAGCUCUUUUAGCCGUUGGUACUAAAUUAAAGAUUUUAAGUGUUCAUUAUUUUGGUUAUAAAUGGGAAAUUGAAGUUGAGUUAAUGGAAGAUGAUGAAGAAGUUUAA